AUGUCUUCAUCUGCUGCUGGUCGCCAUGACGAAAUUACCACAAGGCUCCCUCCCUCCUCCGACCCCCUGGAAACCCCCUUCGGAAGCCCUCGCGCGAUGAUGGAGGAGGGGAAGGAACGGGGCCCGUUGCAACGGGCUCCAGAUGUCCUCGCUAACGGACGCACAGGUAGUCCAGCCAGAGGCAGGAUCUACCUCGUUGACCUGACGGCAAGAACAAAGUUCUUGCCGUCGAUACCAAGAGAAUGGCGUGCCUUGUGGGCACGCCAUGACUCUUAUCUUUCAACAAGGGAGUCAAUUGACUUCCUUUCUCCCGACAGAACUGUCUGCUGUGUGCUGGCAGAGGCAGUAUCAACUGCCUCUGCCUCCGAUCUCUGCCGAGGGAGGAGUCUGUGCCUCCGGUCACCCGAAUCCCCUGCGGCCGACCGCGAAAAGAGAGGGUUCGGAGGGAGGAUGCCUGGCGUCCUCGAGGACGCUGGGCUCGCCGGGAUCACAGAGGACUUCUGCCGCCGUGCCGGACUUGGUCCGCACACGCUGCGGCACCUGCGGCGAGCCUGGGCAUAA